AUGAAGCUGUCAAUGGUUAUUGUUUAUGUAAUCGCAAUUGCGAUCGUCGUCGGAGGCGAGAUCAGAAUCAAAGGCAAAGUGAGAAAAAGGUUCAACUCGCACAGAAGGCACAGAGCUGCAUUACCACCUUGCAGUUUUAAUGAGUCUAUUAUAGAAGACGAGUGGUCAUUAAUGGAAGCGAUAGGAAAGUCGAAGUAUAUUUUUACUGCGAAAGUAUUGAAUGUGAAAAAAUUUAAGCUGUACGACGAUGGGAUAAAGUCGAAUUUAUACAGAGUGAAUCUGCGUCGAGUACUAAAAGGUUCGUUGAGUGAUUUGAGGGUAAAGGAGGGCACGGGAGAGUCGCAGAGUGGAUGGACGUUAGCUGUGGAGAAGAUACGAGUGUUGGACUCUUGCGCGCCUGGUCCGCGACCGCGACUGUCUGCAAUAUUCUUGUGCAGCGGAGUGCGGGCUGAUUCGCAGAGAGGACCCAGUCCUCGUCUCCAGCUGCUUACCGAUCCGGUGCCACUGACGCUUUAUCAUUUGGAUAGAAUCAACGCAGCGGUCAAAGCGAAGUCAACGUUUGAAAAUGGUAGUAAACAUUUGCUACAGCCGGGCGGACUGUGUUCUACGAAGCGACACAAAAUUGACCGGCCAGUUCCACCCUCGUUCCAUAUAAGGGGUGUAGUGAAAAAGCGGGACACGUUUCACCGCAAGAAAAACACAAAUGGUCCCAAAUGUGUUUCAAACGAGACGAUAACUAAUGACUACGAGAUUUUGUCGUCAGCGGUGUCUGAAUCUAAAUACGUUUUCACGGCUAGAGUCUUGAGCGUGAAGAAGAUAAAGCGCGGGCGAAAACCUCACGCGAAAGUGUUUAUGUCAUAUAAAUUGUAUAUACGUCUUGUUAUGAAAGGGGAUGUGGCCGAGUUGAGGAGUCACGUAUUUUCAGGAGACGAACGCAGUUUGAAUGGUGCUAUUGUGUUUGUAGACUGGCUCCGGACGAAUAAGUGUGCUUACAAGUUGUAUAGACAUUCCUCUGGUAUAUUUUUGAGUGAUGGUUUUUACGGUGACUUCAACGGUGGGAACGCCCCUCGAAUGCGGCUGUUGAACGAGCCUCUCCCACUGUCACUUUACGAUUUGGAUAGAGUAAAUGCCGCGUUGAAAGGUAAAUGUUUACAGCUAUGA